GGACCUCGUUCAGAUAAAUAUCCCACAGAGUCGAAGCGCUCUUCAUUUUCAAGGAGACAAGACUACAACUGGUGGCCAAAGCAACAUGGCUCCAUCACUUCUUGCAGCGGCAGGACUUCUGCUACUCUUCUCCCUCUCCUCAGCACAAAUCAGAGGAGACAACCUUCAAGCUUCUUGUGAUCAAAAUGAUGGCUUUGGAAAAUACUGCCCUACUACAUGUGGAGUGGCUGAUUACAUGUCCAGGUAUACACCAGCCAUGAACAAGGCGUUAGACGAUAUGCUGGAGGAACUUGAAAACAUCGCCAAUCUGACCCAAGGGGCCGAAGAAACAGUCGUCUAUAUGAAAGAUUCAGCAGCUGAAGCUCAGAAGAGAUCCCCAGCAGACUCACACUUCCGAAAGUCGUCACAUAUGCUUGAUGAUAUUGUCCGAUUUGAAACGAUCAUCAUCUCACAGGAACAACAAAUAUUUGACCUUCAAAAUUUGUUAACAUCCAACGGGAGAAGACUAGCAGACUUGAAACAACUGUCCAUCCAGCUGCAGCAGAGAUGCACUGAGCCCUGCAGAGACUCUGUGGAGAUCCAGCCAACCACAGGGACAGAUUGUCAGGAUAUUGCAAACAAAGGUGCCACCACCAGCGGUCUGUACUAUGUGAAGCCCACACAAAACUCUGAGCAGUUCCUGGUUUACUGUGAGAUCGACAGCUUUGGACGUGGCUUCACUGUUAUACAGAGGAGACGUGACGGCAGCGUGGACUUCAACAGGGACUGGAUCCAGUACAAGAACGGCUUUGGCUACCUCUCACCAGACGACACCACAGAGUUCUGGCUUGGAAAUGAGAAGAUGCAUCAGCUGACCGCCGCAACAACCAUGCCCACAGUGCUGAGGAUUGAGCUUGUUGACUGGGAAGGCAACAAAAGAUAUGCCGACUACACCAUGUUCAGCGUGGGGCCAGAGGCUGAUAACUACCGUUUAAGAUAUGGCUUCUACCUCGGUGGUGAUGCUGGCGAUGCUUUCGAUGGUUUUGACUUCGGUGACGACCCCAGCGAUAAGUCCUACACGUCUCACGUCAACAUGGAGUUCAGCACCCACGACAGGGACAACGACAAGUAUGACGGCAACUGUGCUCAGCAGGACGGCUCCGGCUGGUGGAUGAACAGAUGUCACGCUGCACAUUUGAACGGAAAAUACUACCAGGGUGGCAGGUACACAGAAAAGGAUGCCGGUGAAUACGGCUUCGACAACGGCAUCAUCUGGGUGACAUGGCACAACCGCUGGUACUCCCUGAAAGAGACCACCAUGAAGCUCAUCCCCAUCAGCCGCCUCACAGCAGGCGGCGGACAGCAGAGCGGGGUCAAAGAGUUUGGCGGACUUUAAUUCGGCUCAGUCAAGGUGUUCAGCACAGCAACACUGAAACGUCUGUAAUGAAAAUAAACAACCCUCCACGAGAAAACAGUCUUGAUGUGUCUUUAUGUGACGUGUGCGUGACCUGUCCUUAGUGUUGUUUCGAGCACUUAAUAAAUGUCUUAACAUUUAA